CUUUUUACAAAUGGAAUGACAGGAGAAACAAUUUUGUAACAUUUUUGUUUGUAUUUGCUAUUUAACAUAGUUGAAAUUAAUUGACAUGCUAUGGCAAUUAAAAUAUAGUAUUAUAAGCUUCAGUAAAAUAUUUUAUUAAUUGAAAAAAGUGCACUAAAUUAUCCAUUUUUGGUGAAAGUUAUAAAUCAUGUAUUUCAAUAAAAUAUUGUAAGGAGUGACUAAAGACCAUGGAUCUGGCUAAAUCAUUAUUUGAAACUAGGAACCAUGAAGGUUACGUUGGAAAAGAAGCUAACACGAAAAGAGAAUUCGAACAGGUGAUAGAGCCAGAUGAUGUAGAUGACAGUAUUGUUGAGGGUUUCAGUCAAGGAUUGACUGUCUCAGAUACUAUCUUGCCUACUCCAGGAAGUCCAUUUUCUGCUUUGACCCCUAGCAUGUGUCCGCAGGACAUUCUUGCCAAACAAACGGUACCAGAUGAUCCAAAUUCACAGCCCGAAUAUAGGUUUGAUGAAUUUGGAUUUAGGGUAGAUGAGGAAGAUGGUCCAGAACAAAAUUCUAAUAAACUUCUAGGAAUACCUUUCGUUGAAGACCCACAGCAUAGGUUGCAAUGGGUGGCUCAUCUCGAAUUUUCUCACAAUAAGGAAGUUUCUAGUUUAACAUGGGACAAAGUAGAUCUAAGAUUACCAAGGACUGAUAAACUUGCUUCUAUGGUCAGGUCUGGCAUUCCUCAUUCUCUAAGACCCCAGAUGUGGAUGCGAAUGUCUGGAGCUUUAGAAAAAAAGCAAAAGUCUGAAUUGUCUUACAAAGAUAUUGUAAAAAUGUCCAGCAAUGAUUCUUUGAUGAUGUCCAAGCAGAUUGAAAAAGACUUGUUACAUAUUAUGCCUACAAAUGCUUGUUAUAGUAAUAUUAAUAGUACAGGUAUUCCAAGACUGAGAAGAAUGUUAAGAGGUAUUGCUUGGCUGUAUCCAGAAAUUGGAUACUGUCAAGGGAUGGGAAUGAUUGCAGCUUCCCUUAUCUUAUUUAUGGAAGAAGAAAGCUCAUUUUGGAUCAUGGUUACCAUAGUUGAAGAUUUAUUACCAGCAUCAUAUUAUAAUACAACACUUAUAGGUAUUCAAGCUGACCAGAGAGUAUUACGAACCUUGAUCUCAAGCUAUUUACCAGAUACAGAUGAAGUACUAAAGAACCAUGACAUUGAGUUGUCUCUAAUAACCCUUCAUUGGUUUCUGACUUUAUUUGCUAGUGUUGUUCAUAUGAAGAUUCUACUGAGGAUAUGGGAUUUGUUUUUCUUUGAAGGAUCAAUUGUUUUGUUUCAAAUUACUCUUAGUAUGUUAAAAAUGAAGGAGCCAUAUCUCAAAGAGUUGGAAAAUUCAGCUCAGAUUUUUAAUGCCUUGUCUGAUAUUCCAGGGGAUAUAGAUGAUGUAGACAUGUUAUUGGAGGUGUCCAAAGAAUUGACAGGAUCAUUAAGUGAAGUUAUGCUAGAAACUUAUCGGAGAAGGCAUUUAGCUUAUUUAAUGGCCGAUCAAGGUACUCUGGUGGGGAACCCUGAAGCAGCCCCUAAUCUUCCAAAACAACAUCUUGCAAGGAGACAGAUUAAGAAAAAUAAAUCAGUAAUUCAGUUGCUGCUUUUUAAUGAAAAUACUGAAGACGACAUUAAGAGUAAAAAUAUAAAACAGACUGAAAUUUUAGUUGAUCUUAGGGAAGCUAUUUUACAGGUAGCCAGACAUUUUCUUCAACUAGACCCAAAAUUGAGUAGUGAAAUAAGUUUAGUAGCUGACUAUUCAAUGGAUAGUCAUGGUCAAGAUCACGUAAAUUAUAUAAAUGUUUCCAAAACUAGGAAAAGAAGAGCAAAAGCCUUAUUGGACUUUGAACGACACGAUGAUGAUGAACUGGGAUUUAGAAAAAAUGACAUUAUUACAAUAGUAAGUCAAAAGGAUGAGCACUGCUGGAUAGGAGAACUAAAUGGAUUAAGAGGUUGGUUUCCAGCCAAGUUUGUAGAAAUGUUAGAUGAAAGGAGUAAACAAUACAGUAGUGCUGGAGACGACAGCAUAUCAGAAACCGUAACAGACUUGGUCAGAGGUACCCUUUGUCCUGUCCUCAAGCAAGUCCUUGAGCAUGGAAUGAAACGUCCACAUUUUUUAGGUGGUCCAUGCCAUCCAUGGUUGUUUAUUGAGGAAUCGGCAAUGAAAGAGGUUGAGAAAGACUUUAAAUCUGUAUACAGUAGAUUAGUACUUUGUAAAACAUAUAGGUUAGAUGAAGAUGGAAAAGUGUUAACUCCUGAAGAAUUGCUCUACCGCUGUGUUCAAGCUAUAAAUUUGUCUCAUGAUAACGCGCAUGCUCAAAUGGAUGUGAAACUUCGUUCUUUAAUCUGUAUGGGCCUCAAUGAGCAAGUACUUCACUUAUGGCUCGAAGUGUUGUGUUCUUCCAGUGAAAUUGUUAGAAAAUGGUAUCAUCCGUGGUCCUUUGUGUACAGCCCAGGUUGGGUACAGAUCAAGUGCGAUCUCAGAAUAUUGUCCCAAUUACCAUUCAACCUAAACCCUGACUGGGAACUUCCUGUGAGGAAAGAAACCAAUAAUCAACCACUUAAAGAUGGAGUCCGGGAUAUGCUCGUCAAACACCAUUUGUUUAGUUGGGAUAUUUAAUAGGAACCCAAUGCUGCAACUUGUUUUGAUGUACACGCAGAGUGGCUAAAAUGCUCAAGGAGGUUGUAGUUUCAGGAUAUAUAUUCUUGAAUUAUAUUCUGACAUUAGAUUUUAAUUGUUGAGAGUUUAAACCUGUGCCAUUUUGUGCGUAAAGAAGUCCAUAUAACGCGAAAUCAGUUGGCUCAGAACACUAAAGCCUGCAACUUUUUGAUUGCAUGAUUGAAAUAAUAUUCAAUGAUUCUUCUCAUAUCCGUCCCAUUCGAGCUGAUAGUCUAAUGUAAUACAAUAGAAGUAUUCGUGAGAGGAAAAUGGUAAGAUCUCUAAAGUACCCCGCACAAACCUUAUGGAAAUUAGGUCUCAGUGGAUUUCGUUCAUACUUUGGGAAAAUACUUUUUGAAGCAUGCUGAUAAA